AUGACCUUGGUGGCCUCGCCGAGGUCGUCGACGCUCACACGUGGCCUCAGAGAGUGGCCUAGAGAGGGGAGAGGGGCCGGUGAGGGUUCGCGAGUGAGAGCAGAUCAGUGGAGAGUCUGUGGUAACAAGGAGCAGGCUCGGAGGGCCGCCCUCGCGCCACCGAGGACCAGGACUAUGGCCGAAGAUCGAAGGCGACGGUUUGGAGGAAUAGUGUUUGCAAUGGAUUACAUCAGCCAAUUGUCCGACGACCUAAUCCUUCAUAUCUUCUCUUUUCUUGACCACAAAAGAAUCCAUCAAAACCAGUGUAUUGUCCAAGCAUGGCAUUCCACUUGGACCUCUAAUCCAUAUAUUACUCUCUCUCUACCCGCCGGCAGUAGACGGAAGAACUUCAUUGCUUUCAUGGACAAGGUGCUGUUAUCCUGCACCGCAAUUAACGUAAAAAGAUUCCUCUUUGAUGCUCCUUUCCACGCCUCGAUGCAAUCAAGCAUUGAUAGGUGGCUCCACUUUGCUGUCCGGCACGACCUCGAAGAGGUGUCCAUGACCCUGCAUAGCUGGCGCUUCGACAUUUAUGCGUUGCCGCAGUUCUUGUUUCUCUGCACUACACUAGCAAGUUUUCAUGUGUCCCGUUGCUGUUUUUCCAUGAUUGGUGCUGUGAACUGCUCUUCGCUGAAGAGAUUGCACAUUGAACAUGCGGAGUUGAGGGAAGAUGUGAUGAUGAGAGUUUUGAGUGGCAGUCCUGUUCUAGAGUUCCUUGAGUUGAAAUGUUGCUGGGGCUUCAUGCACAUCAUGAUUGAAUCAAGAGGUUUGAGAGAAUUGGUGAUUGAUUCUCAUGAAUUUCGUCGAGUUCACAAUCAGAUAUUGAGAAUUUCAGCUCCUCAUCUUCUCAAAUUGCACCAAUUGGGCGAUUUUUGGGGGGGAGAGUUCGAACUAGACGGAGUAUCUUCCUUAGUUGAGGCCGAGUUAAAUUUCAACGUGGAAAUUUUCACAAUCAAUCAUUUCAAGGCUCAUGGCGAUCUUGUCAAGGGGCUUCUCCAGAGACUGCAUCACGUCACGAAAUUGGUGAUGGGGAGCCUGCACCUUCAGGUGCUGUCGUUAAUGGAGGCGAAAGAAGUGUUUCUUCCAUCCUUAGAAUGUCGGCAUUUGAAGUUCCUCGUCGCAGCAGACCAUGAGGGAGUUCCCGGUAUAGCAAAAAUACUCGAAAGUUCGCCGCACUUGGAGAAGUUGUUCUUACAAAUGACUUGUACACCUAGUGCUGUGACACGGUUCAUUGUGGAGAAUGUAGCCCGUCGAGACUUUGAUGCAGAAGAAUUUCGGAAUUCUGCAAAGUGGAGGAUCAACCUGUGCCCGACGCAUCUCAAGCAUGUUGAGAUUGUUGAUCCCAGUGCCGAUUUGAUGGCGUGGGAACCUGUUCUUUCAAUGCUCAAAUUUCUCCUCCAGAAUGCACCCUGUCUGGACGAAAUACUGAUCAACAGUGCCAAUUCCAAGUCGUCCAAGGUGAUUGAUCCAUGGGGUCUGCUUGAAGUGGCCCAGACAAUUCUAUCGCACCCAAAGUGUUCUCCGACCGUGAAGGUCAUUCUUAAGUAUCCUUCCCAAGGAUGUCCUUCUAAACGUGCAGGUAAAUCCUGA